AUGGAGUAUAUUGCAUAUACCGAUGCAAAAUUUUAAUUUCUGGGAACUCGUAAACACUUCUUUCGGGAUAAACAAUAUUAUGUGAGUGUUUUUGAGGAUUGCUUUAUUAUGGGCAAUACAUGCGAUACACAAUCGCCAAAGUACAAAAUAAGUUUUGAUCUCAAUAUCAAAUUGAAUUGGGACUUGAAAAAGUAGGAAAAUAAUGUAAUUAUCUAAUCAUUUGUUUUUCCAUACAAAAAUUCAUUUAAGACUCUCUAUGCUAAUCAUGAUGAUUUGAUGAAGUAACUUCAAUAUUUUAAUCUUAUAUUUGUCAGAUUCAAAGAACUUCUUGGUCAAUCAGUGACUUAUGAAGGCAUUGGCGAUCUCUAUCUUCCAAUUUUGUAAAUUGGGAAAGGCAGUUCAGCUAAAGUUUAUAGUGCUUAAAACAUUUUGAAUUAAAAUAUUUAUGCGAUCAAAGCCAUAGAGAAAUCAUUUUUAAAUAAAACUGAAAAAGGCUCUGGUUUAGCUGCUUAUAAAAUGGAAGUGCAGAUCCUUAAAAUCUUAUCUCCUUAUUCUUAGAACUUUCUCACCUUAAAGGAGAUAUUUGAAGGUGAUCACACUUUCUAUUUGGUGACAGACUAUCUAGAGGGAACAACUCUGAGCGAAGAAAUAGAAAAAGCCAAAAAUCUCCCAGAUCAUAGGCUGCCUAUGUAAACCAUCAGAGUAUUAAUGUACAAAUUAUUAACAAGUUUAGUUUUACUGCAUGAAAACAACAUCAUUCAUAGAGACCUCAAACCAGACAAUCUGAUGUUUGCCAAAAAAAACGAUUAUUCUUCCUUAGUUUUGGUUGAUUUUGGAUUGGCUACUCUGGAAACCCUUGAUAAAUUUCUGUUCCCUAAAUGCGGCACUCCAGGAUAUGUUGCUCCUGAGGUUCUUAACUUAAAUUAUGAAAAUAAAUAUACAACAAAAGUAGAUAUAUUUAGUAGUGGUUGUAUUCUAUAUAAAUUGUUAACUGGAAAAAGCAUUUUUGCAGGAAAAACCUUUGAUGAUGUCUUAAGAGCAAAUAAAAAAUGCUACAUUGAUUUGGAUCUUCCAUUUGAUCAUGUUUAUAUAACAGAUCUUUCUCUUAAUUUAUUAGGAUAACUAUUAAAUAAAAAUUCAAAGUAGAGAAUUAGUGCCAGACAAGCACUUUGUCAUCCAUUUUUUGAUUAGAUCAAUGAGCAUAGCACUUAGGCUUUGUCCACAUUUAUAACAAAUGUAAAGUUUAGUCAAAAUGGAAAUCUGAAUUUACAGUGUGAAGAAUGGACGUCUAGAUACGAUAUUGAGGAGUAUCAGGUCAAUAGUGAGAUGAAGGAAGAUGAAUAGAAUACUAUUACAAUUCCGCAGACGAAAAGAUGUUCUUUAAUGAGCGAAGUCUAAUCUCUAACUAGAUCUCCAAUGAAAUUUUAUCAAAAAGAACCACUAUCUGCAAUAAGAUUCUUUAAGUUUAUUGAUUUGGCUAGUCCGAAGGGAGAUUCAAAUGAAAUUAUAAGUAAUGAUCUACAGAGCUGA